ACCUGGUAAGCGGCUCGGUUAGGAAACAGCGGAAUUUGCAGUUUUUUUGAUGGGGGCUGAUUAGUUUUGUUUACCAAACUUCAACCUGGUUUUUCUUCUUCACUUUUGUUUUACUCCACCGCCUUCUCCGCAGGCCUGAUUCAAACUGUGGUGCAGCCAGGCCCUCCACAGUGCACAGGUGGUUGUCGACUGUGCACCGACUCAAGACUCUACAUGACUGAAUAAGCCGCGACAGGGGGGCGGGGGGGCUUACUUUGGCGGGUUGUUUUGUUUUGUUUUUUCUUCUGAGGAGGGUUUACCGAGUUGCAUUCAGGAACCCAAGCAGCUUCAGAAGGAGCUGGUGGAGGAUGGCAGUGGCUCUGGAUGAAGUGUGGGGGCGGGUGAAGAAUGUCUGCAAGCAGAACGGUCUGCUCAUCCUGUCAGUGCUGGCCGUGGUAAUUGGCUGCCUGCUUGGCUUCUUCCUCAGAGGCAAGCAGCUCUCUGAACAGGAGGUGAAGUACUUCCAGUUUCCCGGAGAGCUGCUCAUGAGGAUGUUGAAGAUGCUCAUAUUGCCGCUGGUCGUUUCCAGUUUGAUGUCGGGUCUGGCGGCUCUGGAUGCCAAGUGCUCCAGCCGCCUGGGCAUCAUGACCAUCUCCUACUACCUCUGGACCACCUUCGUGGCUGUGGUGGUGGGCAUCGUCAUGGUGUACAUCAUCCACCCCGGUGGAGCCGCUCAGAAGGAGGACUCCGAUGAGAGCAAGAAGCCGAUGACCAGCUCUGCCGACGCGCUGCUGGAUCUCAUUCGAAACAUGUUCCCUGCAAACCUGGUUCAAGCCACCUUUCAGCAGUAUCGAACCCAACGAGUUCCUGAGUACAUCCCCAAGCCAACAGUAGCUCAGCUACUGGAUGAGACGACCACUCGGAGGGUGUACAUCUACGGUAUCCAGGAUGACAACGGAACCGACAUCCAGAACUUUUCCCUAGAUCUCACGCCGCCGCCGGACGUCAUCAUGAAAACAUCGCCCGGUACAAGCGAGGGCAUGAACGUGUUGGGGAUCGUUAUUUUCUCGGCCACCAUGGGGAUCAUGCUGGGCAGAAUGGGGCCCAACGGAAGCGCACUGGUGAACUUCUGCCAGAGUGUGAAUGAAGCGGUCCUGAAGAUCGUUGCCAUUGUCAUCUGGUAUUUCCCCUUUGGGAUUGUCUUCCUGGUGGCCGGGAAGAUCUUGGAGAUGGACGAUCCAUCAGCGAUGGGGAAGAAGUUGGGCUUUUAUGCCAUCACGGUGGUAAUGGGUUUGGUACUGCAUGGUCUGUUCAUCCUCCCCGCCAUGUACUUCUUCAUCACCAAGAAGAGCCCCAUUGUCUACAUCAGAGGAAUCCUGCAGGCCCUGCUUAUUUCCUUGGCCACCUCCUCCAGCUCCGCCACUCUGCCUAUCACCUUCAAGUGCCUCCUGGAGAACAACCACAUUGACAGGCGCAUCAUCCGCUUCGUGUUGCCCGUGGGCGCCACCAUCAACAUGGACGGCACCGCCCUCUACGAGGCCGUGGCGGCCAUCUUUAUUGCCCAAGUCAAUAACUACGAGCUCGACUUUGGCCAAAUCAUCACAAUUAGCAUCACUGCCACCGCGGCCAGUAUCGGUGCAGCCGGAAUCCCUCAAGCGGGUCUCGUUACCAUGGUGAUCGUGCUGACCUCCGUGGGCCUGCCGACCGAUGACAUCACUCUCAUCAUUGCCGUUGACUGGGCUUUGGAUCGAUUCAGGACCAUGGUCAACGUGAUGGGUGAUGCCUUGGCCACAGGGAUCAUGGCCCACAUCUGCAGGAAAGACUUCAUUAAAGAAGGCGAACAGGUACCUCUGAUCUGCGAGACCAAGCCCAUGAUCAGCAUCCAGCAGAUGAUGACCUACCAGAACCAGAAGAACGGCUGCUACCAGCCACCUCCAGCGGGCAGCAGGCAGGACCACCUGUCCCCGGACGUGGCGCGGCUGAUCCAGCUGGAGGAGGGCGUCCGACCGACGGAGAAGAGGAAACAGGCGCUCACCUCUCACCACAAGAGAGGCCACAGGGACAAGGAGCAUUGUUCCAUCGACAUGAACGGCCUGGAGACCAACGUGUAGCACUCAGCUGCUGGACCUCCUUCCUUUCAGGAAGUCUUCAGAUGGCACACCUUCCAGCUCUCAACGUGGAGGAGCUGCAAAAAAGACAACUUUCUUUUUUUAAUAUCUUAAAAAUGGUACACAUUUGCCUAUGUGUGUUUGUGAGUUGUCCAUACAGUAUCUAACAUGGUUUCUACUUGGUACCACUUGUCCAUACAGUAUCUAACAUGGUUUCUACUUGGUACCACUUGUCCAUACAGUAUCUAACAUGGUUUCUACUUGGUACCACUUGUCCAUACAGUAUCUAACAUGGAUUCUAUUUGGUACCACUUGUCCAUACAGUAUCUAACAUAGUUUCUACUUGGUACCAGGUGUCCAUACAGUAUCUAACAUGGUUUCUACUUGUACCACU